AUGGAUGGCAAACACAUACGUAUUGUUCCACCACCAAAAUCUGGAUCAACAUACUAUAAUUACAAAAAUUUUAAUAGCAUUGUUUUAAUGGCUUUAGUCAACUCUAAUUAUGAAUUUAUAUAUGUUGAUGUUGGAAAAAAUGGCAGAUUAUCUGAUAGAGGUGUUUUUGAAUAUACAGAAUUUGGCAGAAAAUUAUUGGCUAAGAAAUUAAACUUGCCAGAUACUAACGCAACUGUGAAUAAUAUGAACUAUGUGUUUAUUGGUGAUGAGGCAUUUUCUUUGGAAGAAAAUUUUUUAAAACCGUAUGCCCAAAAAAUUUGA